UUUUGACAACGAAGGCUUUGAGCUCAUGUCAUUGCGCUGUCACUAGCAGGGAAUUUUGUCCAACCCUGUUGUCAGUCUUUCAAUCAAAAGUAUGGCCGCAACACGGUCGCUUGUCGGAAUUUUGAGUUCAAAUAACUUAAAGUUUCUGGGUUCCAGAACUAUUCAAACGUCCUCAGUGCGAGCGUUUAGUGUUUGUGACAGUUGCACCCACUCAAAUAGCUUGUAUGGCAAAUCUAUCUUAACUAAAACCAAAACCAAUUCAGCGCUUCAUACCACCCACAAAUUCAUUCAUUCGUCGAGUACACUCUACCAAAAAGACUAUUACCAAAUAUUGGGAGUGUCGAAGAACAGUUCCGCGAAGGACAUUAAGAAAUCAUACUAUGAAUUAGCCAAAAAGUAUCACCCCGACACGAAUAAAGAGGAUCCAGACGCCAGUAAGAAAUUCCAGGAAGUGUCCGAAGCGUACGAAGUGCUAAGUGACGAAACGAAACGUCGCGAAUAUGAUACGUACGGUCAAACGUCCGAGCAAAUGGGUAGAGCUGGUGGUGGUGGAGGACCCAGAGGACCACAAGGAUUCGCGCAAAAUUGGCAAUUCCGAUCAACCGUAGAUCCGGAGGAAUUGUUCCGGAAAAUUUUCGGCGACGCCAAUUUUGGUAGCAAGGCUUUCGACGACUUUUCGGAUUCACAAUUUGGUUUUGGUGCAGCUCAGGAGAUCGUGAUGAAUUUAACAUUUUCUCAGGCAGCUCGGGGUGUUAAUAAGGAUAUUAAUAUAAAUAUUGUCGACACGUGUCCGAAAUGUGCUGGAUCGAGGUGUGAACCGGGUACAAAACCUAGCCAUUGUCAAUAUUGCAAUGGAACGGGAAUGGAAACAAUUUCAACCGGACCGUUCGUUAUGCGAUCGACAUGUCGAUAUUGCCAGGGCUCCCGGCAGUUUAUUAAGUAUCCAUGCAAUGAAUGUGAUGGUAAAGGUCAAUCGGUGCAACGUAAAAAAAUCACUGUUCCUGUACCGGCUGGUGUUGAGAAUGGGCAGACAGUACGAAUGGCAGUUGGACGCAAAGAAAUAUUCAUCACAUUCAAGGUGGAAAAAAGCAGAUAUUUCCGUCGGGACGGCGCUGAUGUGCAUACAGACGCUGAAAUUUCGUUAUCGCAAGCAAUAUUAGGUGGAACAAUACGAGUACAAGGCGUCUACGAAGAUCAAACCAUUCAGAUUAUGCCUGGCACAUCAUCCCAUACGAAGAUUAAUUUAAGUGGAAAAGGAUUGAAACGAGUUAAUUCGCAUGGACAGGGCAAUCAUUACAUUGACUUGAAAAUUACAAUUCCGAAAAAAUUGACGCAAGAACAGAAGGCAUUGCUGCAGGCGUACGCUGAACUCGAAGAAAACACUCCCGGUCAAAUAAUGGGCAUCACACAUAAAACCGAUGGCACAAAAGAAAACUUCAACGAACCUAAGAAUCUCACCAACACCAUACGUGAGGUCUUGACAAAGGCAAAGCAGUUAGCUUGUGAAAUUACCAACAAAACGGAAAAAACGAACAAAGCAAGUACCACCAGUGAUCCGAAAGUCAACAAAAAGACAACUAACGGUGGAGAGAAAAGUGCGAACGAGAAAAGUGGUGGCGUCAAAAGUAAAGUUGAGAAAAGUGGCGACGAUUCAACUAAAACGGCUGAUGCUGAGAAAAAACGUGAUAAAAUAUAGAAAAUCGAAUAGCCCGGUUGAACAUGAAGUGUUAUAAAUAAAAGAGGAGACGUUCCAAAUAAACUUUCAGUUGCUUUAAUAGGAAAAAA